GGGCCCAGGCAAAGCCAGCGCUCGGGCGGCAGCGGCGGCCUCCCUCUCCGCUCCUGCAGGCAAGGAAGGAGGCAGGCAGGCAGGCAGGCAGCGAGCGACCGAGCAAGCGAGCAAGCAAGCAGGGAGGCAGGCUGGCUGGCUGGGCCAGCAACAAGUGCGGAGGCAGGCGAGGCGAGGACUGACGUCAGCGAGCGGAGUAUUAUGGUCUGGGCUGUGCUGGCUGCCGCCGCCGCCACUGCCACCGCCGCCGCCGCCGCCGCCGCUUUUCUGCUCCCAGCAGCCGAGUAAACAUGGAGCUCUCCGCCGUGGGGGAGAGGGUGUUCGCGGCCGAGGCCUUGCUCAAGAGGCGCAUCCGCAAAGGUCGGAUGGAAUAUCUUGUAAAAUGGAAGGGGUGGUCUCAGAAAUAUAGCACGUGGGAGCCUGAAGAAAACAUUCUAGAUGCUCGCCUGCUUGCAGCUUUUGAGGAAAGGGAAAGAGAAAUGGAACUUUAUGGUCCUAAGAAACGAGGUCCCAAGCCUAAAACCUUCUUGUUAAAGGCCCAGGCAAAAGCCAAAGCCAAAACCUAUGAAUUCCGUAGUGACUCCGCUAGGGGAAUCCGGGUGCCUUACCCUGGAAGAUCCCCCCAGGAACUAGGCUCUACUUCCCGUGCUAGAGAAGGACUCAGGCAGAUUCCACUGCCCCCUCAGAGCAGCUCUACCAGUGCUACUGCCAACAGUUCUCGAGUGGAGACGAUCCAGGAAAACAGGGUUGUUGGGGCAGAAGAAGACCGAUCUGAAGGAGCCUUUAAAAAGCGAGGCCCAAAGCCGAGGAAAGAGCUCUAUAAGGACCUCGGUGAAACAGCGGAAGCUGCUUCUAAAAGGAAAUCGAUGGAACCAGGGGACAAGGUGGUGGUCGAUUAUCUGAAAGCCAGAAAAUUGGAAGAGGUGGCCAAUCCUGCUGCAUCCAAGUUCAGUUCUGGACACAGUGUGAUCCAGUUAGCCCGAAGGCGGGAGCCUGAGUUACCCAGCGCUGUGCCCAGCCCCAGAGCAGAAGCUGGCAUUAAGCUGACUGCCCCUGAGACUUACCCUCCUAGGCUAACCAAGCACAGGGCAGAUUUCCUGGAUCCCAAAGGGCAAAGUGGUUUGGACUUGGCUGCCCCUAAAAUCUUGCACAGUUCUGCAAACCAAGGAAGCUUAUAUGGUGAUACUAUAGGACCACAGGCUGGCAGGCCUUCCCUCAUUGCCCGCAUCCCUGUCUCCAGGAUCCUUGGGGACCCAGAAGAAGAAGCUUGGAGCCCAUCUCUCAACAACCUGGAGAAAGUAGUUGUGACUGAUGUGACAUCAAAUUUCUUGACAGUUACUAUUAAGGAGAGCAGCACAGACCAAGGAUUCUUUAAGGAAAAGCGGUGAAUGCCCUUGGAGAAGAGGAAACAUUUAAUGGGUUUGGAUAGAGGUUGGCUGGCUUUGGAUUUUCUUUUUUUUCUUGGGCAGGAUUGAAAAAUCUGUCCUUAAUUCAUGCUUUGAUUCCUUCCUUCCCCCUUCGUCACCAAUUUUAAUUUUGGUUGAAAAGAUUAUCUCUAGAGUUAUAUUUUCUAUUAGAUGUAAAUAUGUUAUUUAAAAAAAUACAUAUAUAUCUAUAUACAUAUAUAUAUAUAUUUCAACUCUUAAGUUGUUGAGUUUUUUUUUAAUUUAAGGCUCUUGGAGAAGGACAGUAAAACAGAACUGAUGUAUCUCUUGCCUCAGUUGCAAGAGCAGGUGUAGAUAGUGACCUUAUUAGCUAAUUAUAACAUCUUGACUUAGUUUUUCCACUUGUUCCCUUCCCUUCCCCCAAAGAUGAUGCUGAGGGCGCAAAUAGGGGAUGUUGUGAGUUCCUCUGGACUUCAAAAAAGAGGAAAGGCUCUAGUGUUUGAUUCUUAUAUUAUAAGGUGUUGCUUUGUACAAUCAAGUGUGCUGUAUAAACAACUGUUCAAGCUGGACAGCUGAUGAAGUAAGCACUUGACUUUACAGUAUUGUCUUGCUUUUGUUUUGCUCCAGUUGGGGAAAAAUGUUUGUUGGUUUAAAAAGUGUCCAUUAAAAACAGUUGAAA